AUGUCUGGCCAACGCCUCUGCUCGGUAAGAAUGGCUGCCGCUGCACACAUGCAGGGCAACAAGAGCGACGAGGAAUCCAUCGACGGCUCCAGCGACGAAGAAGCCCCUCAGCCCGGCGAAGUCCGCAUGGGCAAAUUCGGGACCUCCAAGGGUGCGAAAAUCUACACCACUGGCCUGGCCACCUGCGUUAGAGUCGCGGUGACCGGUCGGUACCCAAAUGGUGGAUUCGAAGGGGACGAUCGAUUCCUCGCACACAUUGCCGAAUCAAAGCACAAGGCUGCACUCCAGGGUCUCAUCGACGCCCUUGAGCGUGCCAAAGGAAACGGUCUGCAGGUUCGUGAGGUCGUCGUGGUCAUCUUGGCUGGCGGAGGCUCUCCCGAUUCCGAGCUGGAUGAAUUCAACGAGGAGGUCAUCGACAAAAUUCGAAACGCGACCGGAAUGGAGCCAACUGUUGUCGAGCAUACUGGAACCUACAAGAUGUCUAUUGAGGCCGACAAGCGCAUCGACUAUGCGGCCGACAAUGCUGCCGAGUAA